AUGGAAGGACUGGCACGUGUAUUCCUGAUUGGUGGCGCUUCGAAAGCAGUCCGUUAUGAUGAGCAAACGACCAUUGAGCGUGUCAUCCAUGUCGUCGCGCGAGGAAUCGGCAUCUCACAAGUGGCCGUCGCCCACUUUGCUCUUCGACUCGUCACCGGGCCGUCUCCACAAACAGCGGGUUCCGGAGAUUCACUUUGGCUGCAUCCGAUGCUUCGCAUCGCCCAAUUACCUCAUAUCUAUGCGAAACAUUUGCCGAUUGGAGUUUGUGACGAGAUAAAACUAGAAAUGAGAAUGCGAUUCAUGCCACAAUCGGUUUACGAGUUGCAAGUCACUGAUAGCUCCGCCUUCGUUUACCUUCAUGAACAAGUCGUCGACGAGUUUUUUAGCCACGUCGCAUGGCGAUCAUCUGUGGAAGUUGCACUGGAAGUGGCCGCGCUGAAAGUUUGUAGAGAUUUUGCGGAGCAUCAGCAUAACAAAGGCGCAGACCACCAUAUGGAUGAGCUCGAUAUAGAUGCAUGUAUUCAAUCUCUGAUACCCAAUGUCCUCCACAAUCCAGGACUAAAACAUAGUCAUCUGAGGAAACAAUUCACGGCGUACAUCAAAAAGUUCUCGGCGACGUCACCCAAUGAAUCGAUCAUCAGAAGUCUCGCAUUGCUAUUGGAUGUGGUGAAAUUCGAUGUGGAAGUUUUUAAAGCGAGUCUUGGCACCGGAUGGACGAACCCCGUGGAGUUGGUGGUCGGGCCACAUGCAGGGCUCUCGUAUCGACUGAAUGAGAGAUGUGAUACCUCGCGCCUCCUCGAACUCCGCACCAUCGCCGACAUCACGAUCCGCAAAAUGGAGAACGGUUCCGAGAAAACCCUAAUGCAACUCAAGUUAUCAGGCGCCGCGAAACCAGUCAUGAUAACUCUCUCGACCGAAGAGCUCGCCCAAUCGUUAGCCCAUCUGCUAGACGGCUACCAGAUGUUGUAUAAUCAAAGGGAUAGUGUAUUCAAGUUGAAAGGGAUCGAGAGAUGUGAAACAAUGACAAUGCAUGAAGCGACGAUUCGACCAAAGACCCCGACUGGAUUUGAUACUAAUAUUAGAAUCCGACGAGAGUUAAUUACCCUCAAAGAGUUAAUUGGUGGAGGACAAUUCGGAAAUGUCUACAAAGCAAUCUAUCACGAUACGGAAAAAGACGAACGCGUCGCCGUCGCCGUCAAGGUCUGCAAGAGUGACGCGGAGCCAGCGGACACCCAACUCAUCCUCCAGGAGUCAGGCCUCAUGCGAAACUUCCGCCACGCCCAUAUCAUCCAACUCAUCGGUGUUUGUGUCGACCAACCCAUGUGGCUAGUGCUGGAACUUGCACCACACGGUGAGCUCCGUGAGUACCUUCAACAGGAGAAGGAUUGGUUGCCGUUGAGGACGUUAACACUGUUCGCAAGCCAGAUUUGUGACUCGUUGGUCUACCUUCAUUCCACUCGAUUUGUGCAUAGAGACAUCGCGGCGAGGAAUAUCUUGGUGUGCUCCCCGCAAUGUGUGAAGUUAGCGGAUUUUGGGCUCUCCAGGGCUCUAGACUACGAUGCGGUGUACACGGCGUCCCGUGGGAAGCUACCUAUCAAAUGGCUAGCCCCAGAAUCGGUGAACUACCGUCAGUUUAGUAUGGCAUCCGACGUAUGGAUGUUCGGAGUCUGCAUGUGGGAAAUCUAUUCGCUGGGUGUCAAACCGUGGGCUGGCGUCACGAAUAGCGAUGUGAUAAUGCAUAUCGAGCAAGGUUCCCGACCGCCGUGUCCGGAGAAGUGUCCCACUGCGUUGUAUAACUUUGUGAAAAGUAAGAUGUGGGCCAUCGAGCCGCAUAAGAGACCGACCGUCGAUCAGAUUUUUGCGAUCAUCGAAGACGUGAGACAACAAGUCUUGAGAAACGUACCGCCAGAUCAAAUUAUUGUUGGAAAACCGAUGAAUCCCGCCGGAGUAAUCGUCGCAGAGAUGUCAAGCUUACCAUCCCUAACUCUCUACCGUACCAUGGAGGAGCAAAAGAGACAAGCGGAGGAAGACGCGAAAUGGUUGGAACAAGAGGAGGAAGAUGGGGAUGACGAUGAGCUGGAACCCGAUCAAAUUCCAUCGACAUCUCAUUCUUCUGUGGAGAAUAUCAGAAGUUCCAAUGGUUUUUUGCAUCACACACCCACGUCGACAAGGUCGUUGAGGUUUGAGGACAAAACCUCCCGAGAGCUGCGCCGAAGUGUGGACGGUGUCUGCGACGCCGUCACCAAACUCCAGAAUUCGUUCAACAAUUUGACACAUAACGACGAGUUCCUUCAUUCGGUGAAAGAGGUGACAAGUCAGUUGAGAGAGAUGUUGAUUGUCGCAUCCGGAAUGAGGGAUCGAGUCACCACUGCGAGUCAACGGACCGAGGUGGAGAUGACGAAGACGUUGAUUGCAAAUGAUAUGAAGCAGAUGAGUCGGGUGAUGGCCAAGUUGCAGGUUAAUGGAGAGCAGACGAUCUACAACACACUCCGCCGCGACGUCGUCCGUAUCUGCGGGGAGCUCGCAGUGAAUUGCACAACUCUCCAGCUACAACUCACACAACCACCACUAGAAAACGAGUUUUCCGCACUGCUUUCCAAUUGUUAA